AUGCGUCUAAGCUACAUUGCCCGCCGAGUGCAAUGCUCGUCCCGUCCCCGGAGUUUGAAUGUCUCUUGUCGACGCAACUAUGCAGUGCAACAGGCCGGAGCUCCUAGCAUCUCGGUUUUCUCCAACGAGGCCAAGCAGCAACAACGAACCCGCGCCGCCACCGAUGUAGAAGAAUCAAGAGCGACGGAUUAUCUGAGAGACGAGGUCGCUAUGCGUCUGACCAGUCGUCUCCUUGACAUCAACCGCACCUUUGACAAGGCCCUGGAUUUCGGUGCUAAUGCAUGCAACAUCGCUCGAAUCCUUACAUUGCCAGACCCCGACCCCGAUUCUGCCAAACCAGUGUCGGAGCCAUUGAGCUCAAAGAUUGGUCAUCUGACCUGUGCCGACUCCAAUCAGCUCAUGCUGCACCGUGAUGAAAAAGAGCCUUUCAACAACGACAUGUCCCUUAGUCGCCAUGUGCUUCAAAAUCCAGAGACACUUCCCUUCGAGGCCAAUUCUUUCGAUCUUGUCCUUUCAUCCCUGAGCUUGCACUGGAUCAACGACCUCCCAUCUGUUCUGUCGCAGAUCAACAAUGUUCUCAAGCCCGAUGCUCCAUUCAUUGCCGCCAUGUCCGGCGGUGACAGCCUGUUUGAACUGCGUGGUUCUUUGCAACUCGCUGAGCAGGAUCGACUGGGAGGUAUCGGUACUCACGUAUCGCCACUUGCCGAUGUUCGCGAUGUCGGCAAUCUUCUUACCCGCGCUGGUUUUAAACUUCUUACUGUCGACGUCGAUGACAUUAUUGUCGACUAUCCUAGCACAUUACACUUGAUGCGCGACCUGCAAGCCAUGGGCGAAUCAAAUGCUGCCCUUAAGCGAACUCCUGGACCUAUAUCAAGAGAUGUACUGUUGGCCACCGAAGCAAUCUAUAAAGAGUUGUACGGAAACGAGGAUGGUAGCAUCCCUGCAACCUUCCGAACCAUCUACAUGAUCGGCUGGAAGGAGGGCGCGAACCAACCAAAGCCGCUAGAAAGAGGCACUGGAGAGAUUAACAUCAAGGACAUUCUUGAAGGAGGAGGCUCAUACAAUGGAUAG